GAGCAAGAGGCUGGCCCUCUAAUAUCUCGAAUCCUCCCGACGCUGUCUACCAAACAGAGCCAACAGCUCACUAACUACCAAUAUCGACAACUUCAACAAGCCAUCAGCCAAAAUGGUUGCCUGGCUCAAGAGAUCAGUUUCAGCCUCGACAUCGACCUCCCUCCGCAGGAGUAAGGAAACGCGCCGCAGACGCCAAAACAGACCGGCCGUAUACGCCACGCCAUCUACUUCCGCUUCUGCGUCGAUUUCGCCCUCCCCCUCCCUUCGCAAAAGUAGCGCCAAGCGCUUCAACCCGAAACCCCUCCGCCUCACCGACUACGCCCACCCUCUUCCAUGCAUCUGCAACGAUAUCUUGUCGAUUGCAUUGGAUGGGGCUCUGGGCACGACGUCCAUCUCCGGGAGGGAACCCACCAAAUUGACUCUCGAAGACCUCCAACGUAUCAUCGACCCAAUCGAGAGAAUAAGCCGCUGCGACAAAUGCACAAAGGAAGAAGCUUACCUGCACUUCUUCCACAUCAUCUGCAACGGCACCAUGGAGCAAUACAGGCUCUUCUACCACGCCUUGGUGGACGACUUUCACGGCCUCGAAGACGAGACCGACACCGACGACAGUACUGAGCGCCGUUCCAACGGCAUACGACCCCUCCAUCCUACAUGCUGCCAGUACAUCAUCGAAGGCGAACGCAUCAUCGCCUGUAUCGACCGAUUCAUGAGAAUCGUUGAUGGACACGACACCUACGACUACGACACCUGGUAUACGGUACGUAACCAGGCGGAACAGCUAGUGAACGCGACGGAAGAGCUGGGGACGGGAGUGAGGUUUGGGGCCGAAAUGGAUGUUUGAGGGAGUGAUGCCUUUAAAGGCACACCCCUGUGUAUAUAGGUAUACUAUAUAUAGGGAAGUGGGAGGGACAAGCCCCUGGCCCGUAUGG